AUGAUAAUUAAUACUGAUCCAAAGAUAAGUCUAGUAAUCAAGAGCAGUUCCAAUGACACAAUUAAUAGCAAUGAAAAGGAAAAGUUCAAUAAGCUAAUUAAGGAAAGUGCUCUAGGGCUAUUUAAAAACUACAAAAAAGUUUCAAGCAAUAAAAUUAAUUCUGCUACAGAAGAGUUUAUUCUCAGCUUAUCAAAGAGUCUAGAUGGAAAGUCAUUUACUCUUUUCGUCAAAUAUCUUGGUGAAUUGAAAACAAAUGUAUUAGAGUAGCCUAACCAUAAACUUAGUCCAGAUUCUUUCUUGAUAUUCCUUGACAAGAUGAAAAAUAUAACACAUUCAGAGUCAUUGAACGAUAUCAUAGUGAAAAAAAUGAGCCUCAUUAAUUUGGAUUAGCUCGAUUCUAAGACACUUUUAAAUAUCUAUCAGAAAAACGCCAUUGACUCGAAAUUUGAAUAGAAUUUAAGAAUGGAUGAAAUAAGAUAAUUUGCAAAUGAAGUCAUUCCUAAACCAAGAUUUAUAUUUGAUAAGUAUAAGACAUCAUUAACCAAUACUUUAACAUCAAGCGAUGAGGAAUAAGCUAUUGAAAUAAGCAAGUAAAAAGGAGUAGGAGGUGAAAUAGACUAAUAAAAAAAUUAGCAUACAUAAAAGCAGUAAGGAGAAGAUUAUUUUUCUUUCUUUAGUUCUCAUGAGAGUAUUAUUCUUAAACCAGAAUCAAACUUCAAAAAUGAAAAUUUCGAUAGUAAAUCUGGCUUUAAAAAGACCAAUCAUAUUUUCUUCAAAAAUCUUCCACUGAUACUGGAAAAAUACUAAGGCAAUCAAAAAGAAAUCAAGAUGAUCACCUACAACGAUAUUUAUUAGGCUAAAAAUAAAGAAGAUAUUUACUAAAUUCUUUUAAAUGAAUUCGCUUCAGAGGAAUUGCUUGGGCAUGUUGAAAAAAGAUCUGGCUAACUGAAGAAUUUUUUUUACAUAAACUAUCACUAGGCUAAUAUUGCAAAUAGCUUCAAAUAAAGUACAAUGCCAUCAAAAGUGGAUGAGCUUGAGCAAUUCGAAUAUCAAAUAAGUGGAAAUAAGUCAAAAUAAAGAAAAGCUUAGGGGUCAUCUGUACAAUUAAAUGAAGAGACCGUGAAAUUCGAAGACUUAAUUAGCAUUGCAACACAAGAAUUCUUAAAUGCAGAAUCAAUGGAAGAUGAAAAAUUAAAAUCUAAAAAAUCUUAAAAGAACAAGAAUGUGAACAAAACUUCAAAUUAAGCUGCGAGGAAGCUGAGUGAGGAUAGGUUAAAUUUACAUGAAAAGGAGAAAUUGGGAUUGAACAAGCCAGUUAUGAGAUAGGGAUUUAUUGUCUUCUCUAAUUAUCAUGAUAAGCUGAAAUUCAUUAACACUGCUAUGUUCCUUUUCGGUCUCAAAUUAUAUAACUAGGAGAGACACAUUGAAUUUUUAGAUGCAGACUUUUGCAAUACUAUUGCAAUUGAGAGCUAGUCUUUCGAGGGUAAAUCUCUUGGUGAGUGCUGUAGUUUACUAAAUUAAUAUAUGAUUAUGAGUGGUUUCUAGGAGGAUAUACUUGUAGUUGGGAAGCUUAAGGGUCUUGGAAAUGACUUUGAUUUGAGUAAAAUGAUUGUUAGAGACAACUAUAAAAUAUCAGUUAGACUAAACAACUUCGAGUAGGCCUUGCAAGUCUUUAAAAUAUUCUCUAAGUUAGAUGAGAAGUCAAGAGAUAUAUUCUUUAAAGUCUAAUUUGAAAAUCCAUAUCCCAAUUAUUAUGACGGGAUGCUUUCAACUUAUUUUGAGUCUUGUAUCAAAGAGAAAUUUGAGGGUCUAACUACUAUUAAUGAGAUCUAGUCGAACUAUGUCAAGAAAUAGCUAGAUGAACUUAAAUAGAAUAAUUCCAAGUAACUCUAGAUUAUAAACAAGUCAGUACUGGAAUAGUACAGAACGCUUACUGAUGGCGUUCUCCCUUUAAAAAGAGAAGAGAGAGAAUUAUAUGAACAAUUGGAUAUCAAAAAAGGUACAAUUUAAACAUUAUUACAACUCUUUACUUAACUUAUUAUGCUAUACAGAUACUUUAAAGUUAUUUCUAACGGCUCAUAUCUAGCCUAUUAUAAUCAGAAACCAACUUCCAAGUAAUUUGAUCUUAAACCUAAUGGAGUCUUUGAGAUUGGAAAACUAACAAAUAUCUAGAUUAAGGACUAGAAAUAGUAAACUUUUAUAAGAUAAAAUAUAUAUAGCUUUUAUUUUGACUUCAAUGAUAGAAAUUUUGAAAUGUUCACAAAAACUAAGGAGGAAGCAGGGUCAUGGGUAACUUGCUUGAAAUUUUUAGCAGAUCAGAAGUCAAGAGAAUAAGAAACUGCUACAUCCUCGAGAUCUCUAUCAUACUUUAGCUCCCUUUAAAAUAAUCUCUAACUAUAAGAGCAGGUAUCUACAAAAGAGGGAGGUGAGUAAUAAGAAGAAAAACGAAAAAGCAAAAGUAGAACUAGGACUAAGGCACAUAAGUUUACAAAUAUUGAUGCAAAAGCAUUUGCAUCAGUUGCAAUUCAAAAUCCUUAAUUAGUCUUGAAUAAAGAUUAAACACAGUUGAGCGAAAAGGCCUUGAUAACAAAAGGUAUUUGGAAUUAUUUGAAGACAGUAAAGGAAAAGACUCUCAAGAGUAGAAUUUAAUAUGGAUUCCUUAAGAAAAGAAGCAAGGGAAAGAUAAAGUACUUCUCAAUUAGCAAAACAUUUUAGAACUAAGAGAAGUUUUUGAAUGACACUGAAAUACUAAGUGAGAGUGUAUUACCACCAUUACUUGAAUUCGAUGUUAUAUACUACUUUAGAAUGGAUACCCUAGAUGAUGCUUCUGGACCAGCAGGAGAUAUUAAAACUAUCAAUAUAUUGAAAGUUGAAAUUAAAAACAUGAACAAAUCUAAGGAAGAGGGUCAUGCAUUUAUUAUAGAUACAGGAAAGAAGCUAUUUCAUUUAAAUACUGAGCAUAGAUUUGAGCUAGAAAGAUGGGUAGAAGCAGUUGAAAUAUCAAUGCAGACUGCUAAAGAACGAUAGCUAUCGAUAACAGGAGCAUGCAAAAAUAUAUCUCAAAUUGUGACGCUAUUUGAUACCAAUGAAGAUAUUUUAAGAUAACAAAUAGAGGAUAUGUAUGAUAAGAAAAUACCAAAGACUAAGAAAGAUUGGGAAGAUGUAGAAUCUUUACUCUCCACUUGCACUGAUCUCAGUGAUGAUAUGAUAACUCCUUACGAGACUCUUUCCCUUGUUGAUUGGACUUACAGGUAUAAUAGAGAUCUCAAGAAAUUUGGAGUCGUUGAUGAUGCUGUUGAAAAUGGUUAUCUAUAACUAUGCACAUCUUAUGCAAAGAAAACUCAUGGUCAAAUAAUGCCUCUUGAAAAAGAAAAUAAACAAAUAGAGGAGGACAGAUCAGGGUUUCUUUAUACAAAUGCUCCCUAUGAUAUUGUUAAAAUUUUUAGUGAGAGCUUUUAAAUUGUGGUAGUUAAGAAAAUUAAAGAGCUCAUUUUGAAAACUCUAAAGAUGUUUCAAUCUGAUCAAAAGCUUUAGCAUGACUUUUUGAUAGCCUAAUGUAAUAACUGCUUUAUCUAUUUUGAAUUGAUGGAAGAUUUACUUCAACAAGUAAGCGACACAUGCACAGAUGAUGAAAUCGAAUCACAUUUCAGCUAGCGUUAGAUCUAAUCAGUAUUCUUAAAGAUUUAGUCAGUCCUUCUCAAUCAGAUGACCAAUGCUAUUUUUAAAAUAAGACUAGAUCUUUUGUACACAAAAAACUUUUUGGAUUAAGAUAUGGAAGUUAUCUUGAAUGAGUCAUUUAGAUUUUUCGAAGAUUAUUCCAGCAAGAUGUCUCGUUCUACAUCAAGACAAGCAUGGGCAUGCUUUUUGGAAAGAACAGUGCUUUGUUAUAUUUAAUGCAUGCUAAAUUCAUCAAAGAAGAUUAGACAAAAAAGUUCUGAAGAAGCAAUCGCCAAGAUCAAGGAAGAUUAUGAAAAAAUCGAGAGAAGAUUCGGAGAAUUUAUGACAACAAGAUCAAUGAAAAGUGGGAUAGAAGUAUUGGAUGAUUUAGUUAGUUUUUUCGAAAGUAGUCCUGCUUUUAUCUCGGUGGCUUGUGAAAAGCUAAGGAAAACUCAUGGCCCAACUUUCAAUAUUAGUACCGUAAAAGCAAUUUUGAACCUUAGGACAGAUUUGGUGAAGGAUGAGAGAAUACAAGCAAUCAAAAUAUGUGAAGAGAUCUUGGCAGCUUUUAAGAACACAGACUAUGAUAAUCCAAACAAAAGAGGCAUUUUCUCUAAUUUAGAUAUUUCUCAAGCUGAAAUGAUUGUAGAUAAAGAAAAUAACUAUAUUGACUCUAAUGAUCCUAAUAUGAAUUAAAAUGAUAAUGCUAAUGAUGCACCAGAUAUUGAUCUUGAGGACUUUCUUAAGCAAGGUGGUAUAGAUCUCGACUAAAUUGAUGGCGAAGAGUAAAAAUAGAAGGAUUUAGCUGAGCAAGAAGAAAAAAAAGAGGAGUAAGACAAGCCUUACAAUAUUGAUCCAGAUGAUAGAAUGACUGGAUGGUUAACCAAAUCUAGUAUAAAGAUGGAAAAAGAAGGUGAGGAGGAUAUUUUAGGAUUUAUGAUAUCUGGAAUAGGUAAUAGUCUUAAAAUGGGUCUAAAACUGUUCACUGAGACGAUUUAAAUCAAAUAGAAGAAAUAGUUUUUUGCUAUUAAAAAUGGAACUCUUUAUUGGUAUUCGCAUGAAAGAGCAAGAUAAGCUGAAAAUCAGAUUGAUAUAAAGAUAUCUAAAGCAGUUGAAAUUAAUAAGAAUGAUCCUAAGGAAUUCUAUAUAUUAUUCAAGAAAAAAUGCUAUAGAAUGCAAUGUGAUCAUGAAUAAGAGGCCUUAAAAUGGGUUAAUAGUUUAAAACAAGUGAGAGAUUAAGACAAUGAUUACUUAAACAUCAAUAGAUAUGAAAAACUCAAAAUAUACCAAAAGAUUACUGGCAAAAGCUUGUAUAAGGACUAUGAUUAGCUAUUAGAGAUAUAUGAGAACUAGGUCCAUCAAAUCAUUGAGAAAAAACUUUAGGAAUACUUAUAAAAGAAAAAUAAAUGGAAGAGUGUAGAAUCCUCCAUUAAUUCUUAAGCUAAAUCAGGACUUAAAAAACAGUAAAAAGAUUAAAAGAAUCAAAAGCAGGAGUAAGAAUCUUCUGUGAUCUUUAAAUAAGAGGAGGAGAACUUUGUUAAGUAAUUACCAGAAACCAUUGAUUUAAUGAAUAAAUUAAAUCCUAACGCAAUCGACCUUUUCUAAGCUGCCUUUGGUUAGGAAGAUGCCGUUUAUGCUUCAAAUAUUUGUAAGAAAAUUUAAUAAAAAGCUAUAAAGAGGGCUAUGUCAAAGUCCUUUUUUAAAGAAGAUUUUGACUUCGGCAAAGAUAUCAAUGUAACAAGGUAGUCUGAAGUUAGCAACAAUGAUUACUCUGACUCAAGAACGAAAUCUACAGAUGGAAGAAGGACUAUCACUUAAGAACUGAAUCAAGAUAAAGAUGAUUUAGAUUAGUCUGAUGAAUCUGAUUGGGGACUUGAAGAAAAUAAUAGUACCUAACAGACUGAUAAAGUAAAAGGAAUUAUGAAACAAGAUAUGCAAGGGAUGUCUCUGAGAAGACUUGAUAUUGAUCCAAAUGAACUUAUUAGAGAUCACCCAUUGUAAUCUCCAAUGGGGUCUUCGUAAGUACCUAGUUGCUUCUCAUGUUUUUCUAUAAGAGGAAAUCGUAAAAAAUGA